GCUAGUGACGUAGAAGACGAGUGUCAGCCCCUUCCAAUCAGAGGAGGAUUCAAUAGAGAUGGGGCGUGGUUGUUGUGGAGAUACACGUGGAGGAGGGCGUGGUCGUGAUUUGACACAUGCGCAGUGAGGUUCCGGCGUCGGAGAGUGUUGUGGAGUUUCCGGCUGUUCGGAGAUGACAGUAGAACCCGGCGGCUCCCGUCUGGGGGAGGACAUAGACAUGGAAGUGAUGAAGCCUCUAAUUGGAGAUGAAGGAAAUUCUGAUGGCUUCUCCGAUGAUGAUCAGCCUAUUCAGCGACAGCACCACCGCGACACUGAGGACGGCCUGACCUUUGUGCAGACAUUAAUUCAUGUUUUGAAAGGGAACAUAGGCACUGGUCUUCUCGGUCUUCCUCUUGCCAUUAAAAAUGCUGGUAUUCUGUUGGGACCGGUGAGCCUUCUAUUUUUUGGAAUCAUCUCAAUUCAUUGUAUGAAUAUGUUAGUUCGCUGCAGUCAUUUUUUAUGCCAAAGGUACAAAAAGACAAAUUUAGGCUACAGCGAGACAGUCGGGCUUGCCUUGGAAGUGGGACCUUUGAAGUUCCUCCAGCAUUGCGCCUCAACAGGGAAGAAUCUUAUAGAUUUUUCGCUGGUGGCCACACAGCUGGGGUUCUGCAGCGUCUAUUUUGUUUUCCUAGCAGAAAAUAUGAAGCAGGUAUUUGAGAGCCAUCCACAGUAUACGGAAACAGGGGCAAGAUGGAAUCUAGACAUACGCUUGUACAUGGUAUCCUUUCUGCCGCUGAUCAUCCCAUUGGUUUUCAUCCGUGACUUGAAGAACUUGUCCGUCUGUUCAUUCUUAGCCAACCUCUCCAUGGCUGUCAGUCUCGUCAUCAUUUACCAAUACGUUCUCCGAAAUCUCUCAGACCCCCGUACGCUACCUUUGACGUCUAAUUGGAAGAAAUAUCCACUCUUUUUUGGAACAGCCAUUUUUGCUUUUGAAGGGAUAGGAGUGGUUCUACCAUUAGAAAACCGAAUGAAAGAAAAGAGAGAAUUCACCAAAGCUUUGAACAUUGGCAUGGCAACGGUAACCGUUCUGUACAUCUCUCUGGCCACAGUGGGGUAUCUGAGCUUCGGAGAUCAAAUCAAAGGCAGUAUAACUCUAAAUUUUCCUCAAGAUUCCUGGUUAUAUCAGCUGGUAAAAGUUCUCUACUCCUUUGGGAUAUUUGUGACCUACGCCAUUCAGUACUAUGUCCCAGCUGAAAUCAUCAUGCCACUGGUUACAUCAAAAGUGUCUAAACAAUGGAAGCUUCCUUGUGAGCUUGCUGUGAGGUCGUUACUAGUCUGCGUAACCUCUACCCUACAGUGUGUGGGACCAUUGAAGCACCACGAAAUACUGAAGCUUGCCUACAUGACAACACCCCGCUACAGUGCCAUGGCUGUGUCUAUUCCCCGGCUGGACCUGGUGAUAUCAUUCGUGGGCGCAGUGUGCAGCAGUUCGUUAGCCCUAAUUAUCCCGCCAUUAGUAGACAUAAUCACUUUCUACAAAGAAAAUCUCCACCCACUGACAAUUGUGAAGGAUAUUUCCAUAGCACUGAUUGGAUUUGUGGGAUUUGUGACGGGGACGUACGUAACAGUGGAAGAAAUUAUUUAUCCAACGUAUUUACCGCCGACAAAUGUCACGGGAAAUCCUUUCACGGAGCUCAACAGCACUGACCUGGGACCCCACUGAGGAACGCUGUGUAGCCAGUGGGACCUUUAUUUUCCUGAGCCUGCCAAGAAGAACCAUGGUAGACCGUGACAAUGACCCAACACACGUAUAUUUAUGAAAAGCAAUAUAACAGAUGAUGUAUUUUUUUACAUUAUUAUAAUGAUUAUUUUUGCUGUAUUACGUAUAGGGAACACUGUACCGUUAUAGCAGCCUUGUAUAGACUGUGAGUUUGUAGGUGAACUACUAUAUCUAUCAUGCCUGGUCAUUCUAGGAGGUCUUGUUCUGAUGAAGUGCAGGUUAUUUAUUAAAAUAUACAUGUUUUGCA